AUGCAAGGAGUGAUGGAUGAUAAAAAUGUGGCAAAACACAUAAAAUUUUGUCAAAGACAUUUGCAAUUGUUGCCGUCUCAUCGCCUGGAUAUAGAUCCCAAUAGGUUAGCCAUUGCGUUCUAUUCGUUGACAGCGAUUGAGCUAUUGGGCAAGCCAGUGCGCAAGGACUUCCAAUACAGUUUGGAUUGGAUUAGAUCGUGCUAUAUUGAACUUGCUGAUUACUCUGGCUUUGCCAUCCCGUCUUUUAGACACGCUAAGCAAUUGACUACUAUAAAUUUACCAAAUACAUUAUUUGGACUAAUAUGUCUUAUGUUGUUGGGGGAUCACGAAUUCUUUGAUGAGAAGUUGAACCGUGAUACGUUGGGCAAAUUCAUCUCAUCUUGUCAGUUACCUGAUGGGUCAUUUACCUCUUUUCUGGAUAAUGCUGGAUAUCCAUCGAAGUUCGAUUCCCAUGAUCUGAGGUUCUGUUAUAUUGCAGUAUCGAUCCUAUAUCUUAUCGGAUGUCGAUCAGAAUCGGAUUUCUCUCGGUAUAUUAACGUUUCUAAGCUGCUACAAUAUAUCAUGUCACGUCAGUGCACAAUGGGGGGAUUUGGUGACUGGAACGAGCCACACGGUGGAUACACAUCAUGCGCGUUAUCUGCUCUAUCUCUACUAAAUCAACUACAAAACAUUCCUGCCUCGUUUAGGCAGGAUACUCUUCAUUGGUUGGUGAACAGACAGGUUUCUGCUAUUGGUGUCUUUGUUGAACAGGAUUUAAACGACGAUUACGAUCCGGAUGACUCAGGUGGGUUUAACGGGAGAGAAAAUAAACUUGCGGAUACGUGCUACGCGUUUUGGUGUUUAAAUUCUUUAAGAAUCUUAGAGCCCCAACGUUGGAGUCAGCUUAUUGAUGUUCCACUGAUACGAGAUUAUUUACUGAAUCAAACUCAGAAUAAGAUGGUGGGUGGAUUUGCCAAGAAUGAUCAAGAUGACCCUGAUAUAUAUCAUAGCAUGAUGGGAAUAUCCGCUCUAAAAUUGAUAGAUGAUGAGAUAAAUGGGGUGCUCUGUAUCCCGAAACUAAUAAUGGAUAACUUCAACCUGCGUUGA